UUGGCCAUUGGUGAAGUGGUGGGCCACGAUUGUGUUUUAUCAGCAUCCAGGAUGAAUAAUGCUACUGUUAUUUUUUUAAAAUCGGUUGAGAAAGCGAAUGAGCUGGUUGAACAGGGAAUCACUGUUGAGGGGCUUUUUACUCCGGUGCUUCCCUUAUCAAUGCCAUCUAAAAAAGUGACGCUUUCAAAUGUCCCUCCAUUCAUUAGUGAUGAAAUGCUAAAACAGUCUCUUUCCCGGUACGGUAAAUUAGUUUCUCCAAUUAAGAAGAUUCCCAUGAGAUCAGUGUCUCCUUUAUUAAAACAUGUCGUCUCUUUCAGACGCUUUGUGUACAUGAUCAUUAAUGAGGACUCUGAGUUGGAUCUGACUUUUAAGUUUCGUUUUGAUGAGUUUGACUACACGAUCUUUGCAACCACUAAUAAUUUCAAAUGUUUCCGCUGUGGUAAUGUUGGCCAUUUAGUCCGUGAUUGUCCAGAAACAAAGAACAACGCAAAUGCUCCGCCUGCGGCGGACCGGCCUGAGCCGGGUGCGAUUGCGGGCGUUUGGCCUACGAUGUUGCGGGGUGAACCGGAGGCGACCGCGGAGGAUCGGCCUUCGGAGAACCGGUCAAGGCCUGAAGUAAGCGAGACCGAGCGAUCCGCGGAUUUUUCGCCGUUUUCCAAACCGACCGAGGGUGUUAUCAGUAUCGACAAGCGAAACAGUGCGCUACGCGAAGGAGAAACCGAGUAUCAGGAAUCGUCAGUUCUGGGUCAGUUUGUGACCCGUUUCAUGUUGCGUGAGACAUCUAGUCAGUUGUUGUCUCUUCAGAUGUCACUGCAGUGUGCGAUGGAAGCUGUGGAGACACAAAGCAGCACCAGCCCGGUGGAGGUUAAAGUCCCGGAUCAUCUGGUGGAGAUACAGAAGAACAACAGAAGAUGUGGCCGUCGAGUGCAGAAGAACAUGUGUCUGUCUCCCACUGACCCGUACUCCGGCAUUCUCACCACAGGUGUUACUGUAGAUACAGACGAACACUGGUGCUCUCAAAUCAACAGACUUCAACAACUCAUCGACAAGCUGGAGUGUCAGAGUCCAAAGUUGGAGCCGUUGAGAGAAGAUCCACUGGCCAGCACAUACAAAUCUAACAUUCUGCUGGUUCAGAGGCAGAUGAUGGUUCUAGAGAACGAUCUGGAAGAGUUUCAGAAGGCUUUGAAGGGUUACGCCGAUUCCACAUCCAAUCAAAAUGACAAUCUACAUGUAUCUAUUCAGAAGCUGCCAGGGAAAAGCUGUUACAUCAUGUAUGAGUUUUGGCAGGACCGUAUCUCCUGGAUGAGUUAUCUGCAGUCUGACAGCAGUAAGAUGUUCCAGCGUUGUAUUAUAGACAUGCUGGAGGACCCAGAGGUUGUGUCCACUAUGCUGAUGCCCGCAUCCUGGUGGAUCAUGACAAACAACUAACACCACCUUAAAACCACUUCACUGAAUCUGAGCCGUAAAACUGAUCCUAAUGUGAAUUAAUAACUGUAAAGAAAAACAUCAGAUGAAACGUCCACUAACGUGUUUUAUAGAUCAUGUUCCGCCUGUAUUUUACUUCACCGGCUAACAGGGUCGUGCAUUCAGAACAGAUCUGAAAAAUGCCUUUUUAUUUCAAUUCAGGUUGUGCAGAAGUGUGGGAAAAAAGUAGAAUUGAAUUGAAAUUAAAUUCAAAGAGAUUGACGGGAAUUACAUUUCCAAAAGCAAAGUGUUUUGAUGGCUGUGUUGUUUAUUUGAGUCUUUAGUUAAUGAAGUUAUCAUUUUACGUUUAGUGGAAAUCCUUUCUUGUGUGACUGUUGAAUUUCUUGGGAUUCCGAUUCACUCCCUUCCCAUCAUUCCAGUUCCGUUUCCUAUGUGUGCGAUCAGUUCACAAUCAAACUAAAUGAAAAAAUAGAAAUCAGUUUUCAUUUUUUGUGCAGCCGUGAUGUUAACAGGCAUGCUUGUAAUAUUUCUCGCAUGUCUAGAAAAGCAAAGCAUUUGUUGCUUCAUGCAGUGAAGCGAUAAAACAAUUCUCUGGGUAAAAUAUUCAUUACAGAAACUUCAAGGCUGCAUAUACACUUGUAAAUAAUGAGUAAAAUAUGAGCAUCCGUGGAUAACAUAAAGACUUCUGCAUGCUGAGAGAAGAUGUGCUGCCUGGUGUCAGUCAUAGAGGAUUUCAAACAUCAUUCAGAAAAUGACAUCUGAGAUAAUCCAGUCUGUGAAUAGAGUAGAUUCAAGGAUAAAACUUUAUUUUCACCUUGAUAAGACACUAGCUUGACUUCAUGUUAUUCGAUUUGUGUGAAAACCGCACUGUAUUGUUUAUGCAUCUGAACCAAAUCUUUUGGUCUUUUGAAUGAAAAUAAAAGUGAAAAAAGAUUGUG